AGGCUAGUGGCGGUAAUCUCUAAUAAAAAGCAACAUACAGCUGUGUUCGAGUUAGUCGAAUCGCGGUUCCGAUAUCGGUAGGGAGGGUUCUUCAACUCUACUAGUUUAUACUCGUACCGGUGCAUUUCUAUAAUAUAAAAUGCCACCCGUUUCUUUAACAGAGACUCCAAGGAAGUCUUUGCGAGUGGCCAUCAUAGGUCAAAGUACAUUUGCAGCUGAAGUUUUCAAACUACUCGAACGAGAUGGUCACGAGGUGGUUGGUGUGUUCACAGUUCAGGACAAGGGAAACAGGGAGGACCCACUUGCCACAAUUGCCGCUCAAAACGGAAAGCCAGUAUUUAAGUACAAGACAUGGAGAGUCAAAGGAAAAGUUAUACCCGAAGUUUUUGAUGAGUACAAAUCUGUCAAUGCUGACAUCAACAUCCUGCCAUUCUGCACACAGUUCAUCCCCAUGGAAGUAAUCACACACCCCAAAUACGAAAGCAUCUGCUACCACCCCAGUAUACUGCCCAGGCACAGAGGAGCGUCGUCUAUUAACUGGACUUUAAUAGAGGGAGACACAACAUGCGGUCUAACAAUCUUCUGGGCGGACGACGGGCUGGACACGGGGCCCAUACUGCUCCAAAUGAGCUUCCCUGUCACCAUGGACGAUACUGUCGAUACCCUAUACAACAAGUACUUGUAUCCCGAGGGCAUCAAAGCGCUGGCUAAAUCCGUGAAUAUGGUUGCCAACGGCACCGCGCCCAAAAUCGUGCAAACUGAAGAUGGAGCCACUUACGACGCCGCUCUGUUCAAGCCUGAAACACACCAGAUCGACUGGUCCAAAGGCGGUGUAGCACUCCACAACUUCAUCCGAGGCCUGGACUCCUCUCCCGGGGCCACCACGACCAUCAAACCACAAACUAAGGAUGGCUUCGUAGAGGGCAGUGACGAGACCAUAGAGCUAAAGCUGUUCGGCUCUGGUCUAUGGGAGGGAGAGUAUGAGGCGCAGGGAGAGAAGUUGGUGAUACCUGGGCUGAAUGCGCCCGCGGUUAUACAUGAGGCGGGGCUGUUGAUCACGGCUAAUGAUGGGGUCAAGCUGAACAUCCAAAGGCUAAAAGUGAACGGCAAAAUGAUAAACGCACAAAACUUCUUCAAAGCUGGCGAGAGCAAAGUCACCCUCGAACUCACCGCUGAAGAGAAAGUGUUCGUUGAGAACGUCAGAGAAAUCUGGAAGGCCAUACUGCGAAUCGAUAUUGAAGAUGACACAGAUUUCUUCAACUCCGGCGCUGGAAGCAUGGACGUAGUAAGAUUAGUCGAAGAAGUGAAAGAUAUAUCCAAAUUAGAACUACAAAAUGAGGAUAUUUAUAUGAACACAACAUUCGAAGAGUUUUAUACAAUGGCUGUGGCAAAAUCCAGAGGUGGAUCCAGUAAAAAAGAAAUAACAUAUGAAGGUGUCGAAAUGGAAGUGAAUAAAAUGAAAGUGAAAUUCCCAACGCAGUUGUUUAUUAAUGGGGAGUUUGUGAAUUCCGAUGGGGGGAAAACGUUGACUCUGAUUAACCCAAGUGAUGAGAGUGAGAUAUGUAAAGUGCAGAGUGCGUCGGUCAGUGACGUGGACAGGGCCGUGAUGGCGGCCAAGAAGGCGUUCGAGGAGGGCGAGUGGGCCAAGAUCAGCGCGAGGGAGCGGGGGACGCUGUUGUUCAAACUAGCAGACCUAAUGGAGCAGCACAAGGAGGAGCUAGCGACCAUAGAGUCGAUAGACUCCGGCGCGGUGUACACUCUGGCCCUGAAAACCCACGUGGGCAUGUCCAUAGAGACGUGGCGCUACUUCGCCGGCUGGUGCGACAAGAUACAGGGCACCACCAUACCCAUCAACCACGCUAGGCCUAACAGAAACCUGUCAAUAACGAAGAAGGAGCCAAUCGGCGUGUGCGCGCUGGUGACGCCGUGGAACUACCCGCUCAUGAUGCUGUCCUGGAAGAUGGCCGCGUGCCUCGCCGCCGGCAACACCGUCGUUAUGAAGCCAGCUGCUGUGUGUCCCCUGACGGCACUGAAGUUCGCGGAGCUGUCAGCCCUGGCGGGGAUUCCCCCCGGCGUGAUCAACAUCGUGCCGGGCAGCGGCGCUGUGGCCGGACAGGCGCUGGCCGACCAUCCCGCCGUCAGGAAACUGGGCUUCACAGGCAGCACUCCUAUUGGUCAAACUAUAAUGAAGUCAUGCGCGGAAUCCAAUAUGAAGAAGGUGUCAUUAGAAUUAGGAGGGAAAUCGCCGCUAGUCAUAUUCGAGGAUUGCGACCUUGACAAGGCGGUCAGGAAUGGCAUGGCAUCAGUAUUCUUCAACAAAGGCGAGAACUGCAUCGCCGCCGGCCGCCUCUUCGUGGAGGAGAGAAUUCAUGACGAGUUCGUUAGAAGAGUCGUUGAGGAAACCAAGAAGAUAGUCAUCGGAGACCCUUUGAAUAGGGGCACGGCGCACGGACCUCAGAACCACAAGGCGCAUUUGGACAAACUUAUUGAGUAUUGCGAACGGGGAGUAGCGGAAGGCGCUAAGUUGGUGUACGGCGGGGGCAGAGUCCCGCGGCCGGGGUACUUCUUCUCGCCGACGAUUUUCACCGACGUCGCCGACCACAUGUACAUCGCCAGCGAGGAGUCCUUCGGGCCGGUCAUGAUCAUCAGCAAGUUCUCCAGCAAUUCCAUAGACGAUGUGAUCCGCCGCGCCAACAACACGGAGUACGGGCUGGCCAGCGGUGUGUUCACUAAAGAUGUCUCCAGAGCGCUGACCUUCGCUGAGAAAAUUGAUGCUGGAACUGUCUUCGUUAACACCUACAACAAAACUGACGUGGCCGCGCCUUUUGGAGGGUUCAAGCAGUCUGGAUUUGGGAAGGAUCUAGGUCAAGAUGCACUGAACGAAUACCUCAAGACAAAAUGCAUAACGAUAGAAUACUGAAUCGAACUUAAGCGAUGAAUAAAAGUGCCUUAGUUAUAAUGUUGACUCGAAAAUCAUGAAUCUAUAGAAGGAAACUAAUGUUACCACAAGUACAACUCUAUUUCACUAAGUUAUUAAAGAUUCUCUAUGUAACUAUUGUUCUAUUAUCUCUAUGUAAUUAUUGUUGUUAUGUACUAAAAUGUUAUUUUAAUAAGACAAGCUAGACCUAAGAUGAUGCCAAAUGAAAUGAUCUAAUUUUGUAAAUAAUAAUGAUCGUGUGAUAAAUACGUAUUUUGGAAUACAAUUAUAAGUACAAUGUUAUGUUGUAA